CAAAGAUCGAAAUUCGAAACAGGUUGGAUUUGGUUUCUCUCUCAUUUUUUUUUUUUCAUCGAAAAAUCUUUCAUUCAAAACACAUGUAUGAAUGGAUGUAAAAAAAAAUAAUUCAGAUAUCGAAUUCGAAUGCUGUCGAAUAACAACUGCACGAAAUCAAAUUUGAAAAUUUCAACGAAAAAAUGUAAUUAAUAAUGAUGAUGAUAAUGAAUUCAUCAGAAGAUUUGGGACCAUUUUUUCGCAUCUCAUUCCUAUCAAUAGUAUUCAUAUUGAAUUUUUUCACUUUAUUUCAUCUACUGUUUCGUUAUGACAAUAAUGGUCACCAUUAUCGAUCAUGUAUACAUUUAACAAAUUUUGUGCUCAAUCUAUUGCUAGUCAAUGUAUUCAUAUCGAUAUGGAUACCAUAUUUAUUUUCAUCAUUUUUCUAUAAAACAAUAUGGCCCAUGAUCAAUAUUGAAUGGCAUUGUAUGAUACAACAAACGGCACCAUUGAUGAUCUCGACAUUUUUAUUUGUUUCGUUUUGUUUUCAAAAAAUAUAUGAAACAUUCAUUGCGAAACGAGCCAAUAUAAUUUGUAUGUUUAUAUUUCUCAUUUGGAUUCUGCCACAAACAAUUUAUCUGUUACUCACCCAAUUAACAUCGAUUCAUCAAUAUGAAUAUUAUUUUAUUGAUCGUCGUCGUAAUCAUUCCAUGAUGAUGAUGAUGGAUGAUGAUGACGAUGAUGAAGAAGAACAUGGAAUAUUGUUAUGUAUUGAUAAACUUGAUUCAUGGAACAUCAGACAAAUGUCUUGGCAUUAUGUUACCAUUAUUGUUCCAUUAACAUCGCUAUACAUUAUUUGUAUAGGUGCCAAACGUUUUUCCAAAACAUUUACCAAUACUAAUCAUUUGAUCAAUGUAAAUUGUGAUUGUCGAUUCGAUACAAUUGUAUUCAUAUGUCAAUAUAGUAAUUUCAUAUGGCUACUUUUAUUUCGACCACUGUUAACAUUAUCGGCAUUGAUUCAUUAUGGAAAAACAUUUCAACAAAUCCAUAAUCACGAUGACGAAUCUUCUAGCCAAUUUGAACCAGAAAUUCGUUCAUUGACAAUGGAUCUUGGACAACAGAUUAUUCUACUAUUUUUCGCCAUAUUUUUACCAUUUUCACAACAUUUUGGAUUAUUCUCUUUACGAUCUAAUCGUCAUUUAUUACAAGAAUCAUCAUUGAGACGGAAAAUGAUCAUAUAAAAUUAACGCACCCCC